GUUUUGUGUAAGUAUUAUCCCAAGUUUGGAGGGUAACUACAAACAUUUGGCAACAGUGAUAAAAAAUGUUCACAGCAAAACCAAUGAAAUUUGUGUCAGGAAUCUGGUUACUUUUACAGCAAAGAAUAUUUUUAAAUGAAUUAUCAUGAAUACGUAAUAAAUUUAUGCAAUUCAUAACCUUAUUCUGGUUUUAACUAAUUAUUUAAAUGUUAUGUAGUGCACUUUUCUUCUUCUUCCUGAGCAAUUGCCAUGUUUACCCGUCCGCAAGCGUAAACACCGUCGUCAUUUAAGAUUGUUGUGAAGAAAGUGUCCCAGCGUCUAUGGAUACAAGUGUUUUAAGAAGAAAUUUUGAAAGUGUCAUGGAGAUACCCACGAUGACAGAUAGUUUAGGCAGCAAGAGUGACCAUUCUGGUCAGUCGGUCAUUUUAGCAGGCGUUCGUGCUCGAAUGGAUGUUGUCUGUGUGUUAGAUCUAAGUCACACUGAACGCCAAUAUCAACGAAGAAAAGCAUGGGAUGAAGUCAAAGCCAGCUGCCUAGCUGUCAAUGCCAAUUGCUUCCAUAUCCAGUUUGAAAAGCUGGACUUUGGGGAAACAAAUGUUCUCGACCAGUUUUACAAUGCUGAUGUUGCUAUUGUUGACCUUUCCAUCGUUCUUCAGCAGCGCACUCUCUUUUAUCACUUGGGAGUUCGGGAGAGCUUUGACAUGAGAGAGAAUAUCCUCCUUUACAAUGAUUAUGAUUCAGAAGUCACAAUGCCUUUAAAGCUUUCGUGUGGUAACUAUGUUUUUAUAUCUUAUCGUACUUUUGACUCUGGUCAAUGCGUAAUGACUGAACCAAGUAUGAGGAUUGGCAAUGAAGAUAGUACCUCAACAGACUCAAAAAUACUACUUUCUGCUAAACUUCGUAGACAGCUACAGGAUGUAGAAAUUCAGUCAAAAGCACACAUGAAGGAAAAAUUCUUAGCUGAUUUACGGAAAGCAAGGGAGGUUUACUCAGGUGACGAACUAAAAAAACAGUUACAUAAUCUCAGAAGACGUCUCGAUGAUCCCAACAUAUUGUCGGGUGAUGUUGUCCUAAACAUGCUCAUAUCAUUACGAGAAAUUCAGGAUUAUGAUGCAAUGGUCCAGCUUGUUGACGACCUUAAAACUAUACCUAACCGCAAUUAUACCAGUACCACCCCAGCAAUCAGAUUUCUGUUAGGCUUUGCUCUAAAUAGACGGAACAUGGAGGGUGACCGUGAAAAAGCAUUGUCAGUCAUAACAAAAGCCCUAGAGAAAAAGGAAAACCAGGUUCCUGAUAUGGUGUGUCUUUGUGGUCGUAUUUAUAAGGAUAAAUUUGUGGAAUCUCAGCACACAGAUCAAGACAGUUUGCACCAUGCGAUUUUCUGGUAUAGGAAAGGCUUUGAAGUCCAGCCAAAUGAGUAUGCAGGAAUUAACCUGGCAACACUACUCGUGAUUGCAGGAAAUGACUUCUCCAAAUCUUCAGAGCUUCAGCAUAUAGGUAUGGUAUUAAACAACCUCAUUGGUAAGAAAGGCUCCUUAUCAUCAUUACAAGAUUACUGGGAUGUUGCAACAUUUUUUGAAAUUAGUGUCUUGGCAGAAGACUAUGGCAAAGCUGUACAAGCUGCAGAGUGCAUGUUCAAACUGAAACCUCCUAAUUGGUACCUGAAAUCUACAAUAGGUAAUAUUAUGUUAAUAAAUCGAUUCCGGAAAAGACCUGAAGAUAAUGAGCCCUCACCGGAAGAAGUAAUAUUCAAUUUCUGGAUUGAUUAUUUUGUUGAAGCUACCAACACUGAAGUUCAAGAUUCUAUUAGAUUCCCUAUUUUGAUAUUAGAGCCAUCAAGAAUGUAUCAACCAAGUUACUAUUUACCAAGUUAUGUGACAGUUAACUUAGGUGCAGAAGAAAAGAAUAUUCAACUCAGGAAUCUUUGUGCUGAUCAGUUAAAAGGAACGUGUCGACAGGUUCAUGAAUGGCUGUUCAAUGCAUCCAGUAUCAAGACAAUCACGUUGUACAAGAGAGAUGAAAGAGCAGUAUUCCUUUAUGUUCAAGAAAAUUCCGAUGACUUCCAAAUGUUUUUUCCGUCAGAGCAAUGUCGCCUCAUUUUCUAUCGUCUGGUACAAGAGUUAAUAGCUAAUCAAAAGGGUACUGUUAUGGAUCUGGAAGCUGAAAUCUCUGCUGGCCCUAUUCAGGUAUGGGAAGUACAGCCUCUCCAUGAAGAAAUCAAACUUCAUUCUGAGUUGCGUCAUCGCAACAUUGUUCAGUACCUGGGAACAGCCUCGGAAGAUGGGUAUUUCAAAAUCUUCAUGGAACAGGUACCUGGAGGGUCACUUUCUGCUUUACUGAGGUCAAAGUGGGGCCCUCUGAAAGAGAAUGAAGCAACCAUAGCUUACUAUACAAAGCAGAUACUUGAAGGGCUCAAGUAUCUUCACGACCAAAAAAUUGUUCAUAGGGAUAUAAAAGGUGAUAAUGUUCUAGUCAAUACUUAUACGGGCGUUGUUAAAAUUUCGGAUUUUGGAACAUCAAAACGAUUAGCCGGUGUUUGUUUAAGUACAGAAACGUUUACUGGAACCUUGCAGUAUAUGGCUCCAGAGGUUAUUGACAAGGGAGCCAGAGGCUAUGGUGCACCGGCAGAUAUUUGGUCUUUAGGUUGUACUGUUGUGGAAAUGGCAACGGGUAAUCCCCCUUUCAUUGAGCUUGGAUCUCCUGAGGCUGCAAUGUUUAAGGUAGGACUGUACAAAAUGCAUCCUGACAUCCCAGAAGAACUAACUGAAAAGGCUCGAAUCUUUAUCCUCCGCUGUUUUGAAGCUGAUCCAACUAAGAGAGCCACAGCUGCACAACUACUCGAGGAUCCAUUCCUCACCGAGUAUGACACACUAGGAAGAAAAAAAAAAGGAGUAAGGUUAACAAAUCAGCAGGAAUUCUCUCGGAGCAUAUCCGUCCCAGCUGACAGAAGUAUCAGGCAUGGUGAAAAACCUCGUUUGGCUAGUUCUCCAGAUGAUGGCUUAGAGUUCGGGUAUGGUUAUGGCUCUCGAUGCAACACUGCUGGCAGUCCCAGUGUCUCCCCAGCCUCUCCCUCCUCAUACCUCUCGUCUCUUUCAUAUACCAGUUCUGUUAUUAGUGGAUCUGACCUUGAUGAUGCUCUCAUGACACGACGUUCAUCCAGUGGAGGAUUAUUGUCCCCAGAUGUGGAAUCACCUCGCACUGAUGGGGAACAAGAUGGGUUCUACCUCCUGAAGAAAGAUUCUCAACGACGCAUGACUCUCACCCGUGUGUUGGUACAUGAUCAACACAAGCUUACCCAAAUCUGGCACCAAAGACUGCAGCAAGAAUUAGGUGCAGGCACAGUCUUACUUACUCAGGAACAUCUUUUGAUCAUUCUGGUUGGCUUACGUGAAUUUAUACCAGAGCACAAAAAGCAGCCCAUUGAGCAGGCUUUUGCAACCUUGAAAGCACAAACAGACUGUGAUGAAGCUGCCAAUCAGAUCAAUUUAGCAUUGUAUACAUUUCAAGAUGCUGUAAAUGAAGUCUUGAAGAGCCAUAGUAUAAAGCCUCAUUGGAUGUUUGCUCUUGACAAUUUGGUCCGCAGUGCUGUUCAUUGUGCCAUCACAGUUUUGUCACCAGAACAUGAAAUAUUACUGGGAUCAGCUGAAGGUGGUGCAGUCCUUGUACGUGGCCCUGGUAGACCUCGAGAUGCUGUAGAGGAAGGGAGUACGUCUGGUGUUUCCACAAUAAAUUCCACCAAGUCAGCAAACAUGCUUCAUGAUUUUCAUCAUUCAAAGCAUUGUCAUCAGCUUCAAGAAACCUUGCAGGCAACAAGGGCUGAGAAUCUCAGGUUACUUGAAGAACUUUCUCUUGCUGAGAAAAGAUAUGGAGAGCUCCUGAAAAUGUUCUUAAGAGAGCGUAGAGAUCAGAGCCAGAAUUUGGCAGAUCAGCUUGGAAUCGAAGUGCCACCAGCAAUCAGAAGUAGUGAAGAAAAAGGAAAUGGGAAUGAGAAGGAUGAAUGGGCUAAAAGCAAGAGGCUAUGUAAGAGUGCCUCCACUGAAACUACAACUGUUCUAGGAGACACUUCAGAUGACUCCCCUGUCAGUACCAUGGGAUCACAGUCAAGUGCAGAAACUGUAACUGCUGAGAGUAAUCCCGCAGAAGCUGUCUCCCAACUGCCUACCCUUUCCCACGAACCUCCCAUGAUUCACGUGUCCUCACGCAACAUUGAUAUGGAGUUGGUUCACUGGCUGCAAUCUCUUUCAAUAGAUCGUGAUGUAAUUGAUAAGUUCUUAGCUCAAGAUUACACCAAAGAUGAUGUUCUUACAUGGAUGACCAGAGAUGAUUUGAGAAGACUGAGAAUGAGGGGAGGAGUAGAGCUUCGCAUCUGGCGUAAUAUGGUCCAGUAUCGACAUAGUGUUGGGUUACCUGUUAACCCAGAAGAAUCUCCUGUGACAAAUCAUAAUUCUCCAAAACCUAGUACGCAAGAUCCUCAGUCAGGAUCUACUAAGUUAUGAAAUAUAUUUUAAUGCUUCAGUUGUGUUAAUUUUUUAUUUUUUUUUCAAAUAACCGAUAGUAUUACCCAAGUGACUCUUAAUAGUUUGUGUUUUAACAAAGCAAUUUAGUAAUGGACUCCAAACAUACUAUUUGUUAUUUACCACUAAUAGUAUACAGUUUUUCAAAACCUGUAUGCUAAUAAUUUUUUGCUUAAGAAUUUUUUUUCUUAAUUUUUUAUCUGGGCAAACUUUAGUUAUUUCUAUUUCAUAUGAGACAUCUUUAGUUGCUGAUAAAGAAAGUCUUUCAUGUAGAAUCUUCAGGUGUUCUGACUCAGGCUCAGUAGACCAUGAAGUUGUGUUCAAGUUGCUUCCUUUGGUGCUAAAGGUGUGAGUAAUGUUGAAAACAUUGUUAUUAGAAGUUAUAUUUUCCCAGUGUAGGAUAAAAGUGCAUUUUUCCUUGCCAGGAUAGUUCAGUGUAUACAAGAGAAAUCUACUUUGCUUGUAAUCAUGGUGCUGUAGAUGCCUUAUGAAGAUAUGACGAUAUGUAUAUAUGUGUGUUGUGAGUUUGUAUAUUUUUGUUUUUAUAGACUGCUUUUUUAGAUGAAUUUUAAUAUUGCUCCAAAAGUCAGUUGGUUAGAGCGUUUUUUACGUUUUUAUUAUUUAUAUUAUGUUUAGAUUGAGUCUGCAGAUUAUUACUCAGUAUUUUCUUUAUAUAUUUUAUAUCUUUGGUAUCUGAUGGUUAAUACAGCAGUUAACCUGUUCAGAUCAAACCCCUUUAGUAAUAAAGGCAAAAAAUGACAAUUUCAGUUAAUAUACAAAGCUUAGUUAAUAGCGAGACAUAUUCAUAUCUAUUGUUGCCUUGUAUCUCUUUAAGAUUCUCAGUAUAUAUGCAUAUAUUUCUUGUUGAAAUAAAAGACAUUAGGUAAAUAGUAGUUAGUUAAUGUCUCAUGUAAGUCUUGAAAUGCCUUGUCUAAAAUAAUGUAUAUUUUAGACAAUAUUGAUGGUUUUCAAAUGGAUUACAGUAAGCAUUUAUACUUACAAAGUUAAUUUUGGGGUAGGUUGAUAAAAAUGUUUCUAUUAUGAUAUUAUCUUGAUUAGUCCACAUUGUCGUAACAAACAUUAAUAAAAAAAAUAUCUUUGACACAUUGUCAAAAGUUCUGCAGUACAAAUAUUCAAUUUUACUGAAGUAAACUUUUUAUGUUAACUAGCACUUACUUCAGUAAUUAGAAAAGAUCUAAUACUAUAAAAAUUCUGAUUUUUAACUGUUGUUUUUGAGACGUUGAAAAUAGUGAAUGUCCUGUGUGUAGUAGUUUUGUGGAUGAGUGCAAGUUUGACUGAAGAAUAAGUAGGAGAGAAUUAUGAAGUUGAUUCAAAAGAUGUUUAGUAUGUGAGAUUUUAUAAUUUGUUUCAUCAAUAAAUCAGCCAUUUAAUUUGUUGAACUGAGGAAAAAUGUACUGAACACUAUAUUACCUCUUACUACAAAUUCACUGCCUCUAUGUGAUAAAAUUGUGGUCUUCCCUUGUGAUAAACAAUGCAUUCAUUUGCAGUCACUACAUUUUAAUUUAGUUCAUUUCAUUAGUGGUCUGGUGUUGUAAUUUACAAUUGAUCUCUUACUGUAUUUUUACAGUGAUCAGCUUGGUUAUUAACAUCUGUUAAGGUUACAUCUGAGAAUAAGUGCCAUUCUUGGUAUGAAACAUUGAAAAACAUGCUGUCUCUUUUUGUAGUGAAUAGCAUCCAAUACAGUCUUGCCAGUUGAAAGUUUUUUUAUUUUGGUUCAAUUUCACCUUUAGUUUUUAUUUUAACAUGCUAACUUCAGUUAAAUUUGGGAUGAACCUAAAAAUGCACAAAUUCUUGGCUUACUAAUGGUAUCAUGAAGACAUUUUUUUUCUUUUUUGUAAUUACCUAACACUUGUACAAAAAGUUAUAGAAGAGACUGUAUAAUUCUGCUGUGAUGUGAAAUAGUGUAAUUUUGCUAUAGUAAAUAAAUAUCAGCUCCA